AUGUUCACAGGCACCCUUUUGGUGGCCUGGGGUUUGCUAUGGACUGCGACUGCCGCGUCUCCUAUUGGUCAUGGUAUCUCAAAGACCGCCAUGAAGCAUGCAUUUCCUCUCAAGAUCAAUGAAUGCGCGCCCGAAGCAGACAAAAAAUGGCAGCCUGCCUUAGACUUCGACACGGAUAGCUGUUACAACACGCCCGCCGUCGACCGCGACGGAACCCUCAACGCCGGGAUGGGGGUCUGCGAGACCUGGUCGACCGCAGGGCGCUGCCGCGACCGGUCGGACCUGGAGAACAGCAACGUGUACUCCCGCGCGCGCUGCAACAACGGCUGGUGCGCGUACAUGUACGGGUACUACUUCGAGAAGGACCAGAUUUCCCCCUGCCUCGGGCACAUCAACGACUGGGAACACGUCGUCGUCUUCGUCCGCGACGGCGUGCCCGAGUACGUUUCCGCGUCGGCACACGGGCGGUACGAGAGAAGGGCGUGGCGGGACCUCUUCGCGGACGGCACCCAUGCUAAGAUCGUCUACCACAAGGACGGGCCGGGCACCCACGCUUUUCGGUUCGCCAAGGCGGCGGACGAUAUGAGGCAGGAGAACCACCAUGAAAGUUGGUUUUAUGGAGAUCUUAUCGGGUGGAACGGCUUCCCUUCGACUGCCGUUCGCGAUAAGAUGACGUCGAAAUCAUGGGGCAAGGCGAAGAUCGACUUCACAGAUGAGCGGUUCAAGGAUUCCCUUGAACUUGCCAUCGUGGGCCGGGGCAGGGAGCCCCGCGAUAUUGACAUGAGAACUGACGUGGACGAUGGAUCACCCGGCAUGUCCGUUUACUGUCCUAAAUAUGUCUAG